CGACAUUAUGCGCAACUUCUUUCCUCUUAUUAUUAUUAUUAUUGUUAAUUUUUUUUUAUCCACCCAUCAACGAAACGCGGCUGUGUUUUAUUCUUCACAAAUCCCACACAAGAAGAAACCGCAAAGAAACCCUCCACCACUUGUUCAUUCUUUUUUGUAAACCCUAAAUAAACAUUCUUACUUCAACGAAAAAAAAAAAAGAGAAAAGAGGGGAAAAAGCUCAUCAACUGAAUUGAGUUUUGUCCCCGUUGUUCUUCCGUCCACGCAAUUCUCUCCGAAAUUGUUUAGUAUCCCAAUUCAGAAAUUCUGCUUUGCCCAAAUUUGGAGGAAUGGUUGUCAAGGGAGAAGAAAUUGGGAAUGAAUAUGGAGAUGGGGUGGCGUGGAUUAGGGGUCCAGUGAUCGGAAAAGGGAGUUUUGGGUGUGUUUAUUUGGCUAGUUUGAGGAAUCCGAGAUCGAAAUACAGCUGUUUCCCUUCUGUGAUGGCUGUGAAAUCGGCGGAGGUUUCGGCAUCUGGUUCGAUUCAGAAGGAGAGGGAGGUUCUGAGCAAUGUCAAAGGCUGCAACGACAUAAUCAGGUGCUUCGGCGAGGAGACGACGGUGGGGGAAGGCGGCGCCAUGGUGUUCAAUCUGUUGUUGGAGUACGGCUCCGGCGGGACAUUAGCUCAGAGGAUCAGGAAUUCGGGGGGAAAGGGUCUCCCCGAAUUCGAAACCAAGGUGUUUGUGAAAUGUCUUCUGAGAGGUUUGAAUCACAUUCACAGCAUUGGGUAUGUUCAUUGCGAUUUGAAGCCGGAGAACAUCCUGCUGGUGCCGGAUGCCCGGGGCCGGGGGCUGAGGGCGAAGAUUGGGGAUUUUGGGCUGGCGAAGAGGGCGGAGCAGAGCAAGAAGAGGAAGAUGGAGCCGUAUUGGAGGGGGACGCCAAUGUACUUGCCCCCCGAGGCUGUAACCGAGAAUCUGCAGGAGGCGCCGUCUGAUGUCUGGGCGCUCGGCUGCAUUGUGCUGGAGAUGCUCACGGGGAAGCCCCCGUGGAGCGAGGAUGCAGAGCUGACCGGAGAUGAUCUGAUUAGGAAGAUUGGCGAAGGCCGGGAGUCGCCUAGGAUUCCCAAUGGGAUUUCCAAGGAGGCUAAGGAUUUCCUCAAAGGCUGCUUUGUUAGGAAGUCUAUGUAUAGAUUGACGGCUGAUAUGCUGCUGCUUCACCCCUUUCUUGAAGAUUUGGGCGAUGAUGAUGCAUAUGUUCCACAAUAUGGCCAAGUUGAAGAUUUGGAUGAGCUUGAGUCUAUCUUGUUGGUGUGUGGGAGUGAGAGUGAGAGCGAGAGCGAGGAUGAUUGGGACGACGCCUCCUUCAGUUAUUGGUCUGAAGAUGAUCAAGAUUAUGCCGAGGAUGAGGAGGAGGAGGAGGUUACGUCUCAGGAGAUUGAGAUGAACCUCAAGGAGGAAGAGAUCAUCAAUGGCGAGGGUACUCGGCCAAUGAAGAAGCCGAGGCAGGUUUCUUCGGAGAGUAGUAGGCAGCGUUAUCCAGUUAGUUUCACCAUUCCUGCAGGAGUGUAGGGAAGAAGAAUUCGUCGACAUGAAUGGCAAAGUUUUGUUGUUUAGAUAUAUAACACUGCUAAAUAUAUAUAGGCUUUGUUCAAUCAAUUCAUUAGUCAUAGCCAGAGAUAGAGGCUGUAUUUUAGUUAUUCAUCUAUGUAAUAGUUACAGAUUGAAAUUAAUUAGAUUGAUUCUUUCAAUUGAAAGUUCAUUUUCA